CCCUGGGGCUGCACAAAGACACCCCUCUCAUCCCGGAAGGAACAAGGAGGAGCUUGGGGUUCCACCGCCUUGACUCAGCCUACAAUCUCUGUAGAGAGCCCUUUACGCACUCCCCCGUGACUCAGUUUCUCCAUUUGUUCAGGAAGGACAACAGCGUGAGGCACCUGUGGGGAAUGCGGAGGGAGACUCCGAAGUCAUCUCAGUGCCAGAGCUGGAUCAAAGGUGUAACAGCGAACCCAGGCCACUCUGGGGAGUAUUUUUGGACUAGAACACGUCAGGGUCGGGGAAGAGUAAUAAGAAAAAUAGGUAAGGAAGGAAUAACCUCUAAAACCAGGGGCGGAGGAUCCCGGCUGCCGUCCCCCCUCCCCCCACCGCGAUCCUCUGACACCGGCUGCCCUUGUCUUUAGCCAGCUGAUGCCAGGCCCAAGAGGGUGAAGGAGACCCACAAGGGGCCAACCGGCCGGCGCCAGGGUCCCAGCUCAAGCCCAGCUGCCUGUCUACUACCAACCCCUGCGCCGCCGAGUGACCCUUGGGGACUGCGGGGGCAGGCGUUGUCCCGCGAGGCCCGAGCAAAGACCGCCCGGAGCCUCCCUACCCCUCUUCAUCCCGUCCCCCCCCCACCCCACCCCCGCACCCUCGCCGCCGCCGCCUCCUCCUGGUCAGCCCGAAGUUGUCAAUGCCCCAGCUUGACCCUGACACAGUCUAGGCUGCAUGCUAUUUGAAUGAAGGCCGCUGCCCUGUGUCCGCUGAUCGAUGCUGAUGCCCUGUACCCGUUUGCCUGAGCCUGGCGCCCGCUGCCUGAUGCAAUCCAGCCGGCCCUUUGCUGCAUGCCUGGGGCUCUGGGAAACCUCCCCCGCCGUUGCAUCAUUCCUGCCAAAUUUUGACAGAGGUUAAGUCAGGCCAAUCAGUGAGCAUCUGUAGACCGUGACCGACUACCAAUUCAGCCAAUGAAAAUGCGGCGCGGCAAAGGGGAUCAAGGAAAGCAGUCUAUGAUUGGUCUGUUGUGACUUUUCCCCGCCCCUAGAGGACCGGCCCCCUGGGUUACGUGGGCGGAGCCGGCAGAGCGUAGGGUUUAAAGGGCCCCGGCUCUGGAGGUACAGCUCAGCUGUAGCAGAUGUCUCCCGAGUCUUCAUCCCGAUCAUCAUCAAGAUCCCGACCCCGGGUCCAGUCCUGAUCCUUGGUCCGCACGCCUAGGUCCCGGUCCCAGGCGUAGUCCGGACUCUUUUUGUACCCCGGGCAUCAUGAAGGAGGAACCGCCGACCCAGAGGACCCCACCCGCCUCGCCCACCCCGUCCUUGUCCUUGCAGCCCCCUAGGGAGGACAGCGACCCCCCAGCACUCUGGAUUUUCGGCUAUGGUUCCUUAGUAUGGAGGCCAGAUUUUGCCUACAGUAACAGCCGUGUGGGCUUCGUCCGCGGGUACAGCCGCCGUUUCUGGCAAGGGGACACCUUCCAUCGGGGCAGUGACAAGAUGCCUGGUCGGGUGGUGACCCUUCUUGAGGACCAUGAGGGCUGCACAUGGGGUGUGGCAUAUGAGGUGCGUGGGGAACAGAUCAGUGAAGCACUCAAGUAUCUGGAUGUUCGGGAAGCUGUGUUAGGGGGCUAUGACACCAAGGUAGUGACCUUCUACCCUCAAGAUACUCCAGACCAGCCUCUCCGGGCCCUGGCCUAUGUGGCCACCCCUCAGAACCCUGGUUACCUGGGGCCUGCUCCAGAGGAAGACAUCGCCACCCAGAUCCUGGCCUGCAGCGGCCGUGCUGGCCACAACCUGGAGUACUUGCUGCGCCUGGCGGACUUCAUUCGGCUGUGUGGACCCCAAGCCCAGGAUGAGCACUUGGCAGCUAUUGUGGAUGCUGUGGGUGCCCUUCUGCCCUGCUUCUGCCCCUCUGGCCAGACCUUGGCCAUGGCCUGAGCUUGGGGGACCCAGAGCUCCUUUACCCACCAUGAUGGGGCAUGGAUUGACCCUGACUGUGGGCUAACUCUUGUUCUCAUUUUCUUCUCCCACCUUCCCUCUAUGGUGGACAGACUUUUAAGGAGGUCGUGAGGACAUGAGCAGGUCUUUGGUGGAGGUGCUGUGGUGGUCUUUCCCUUUUGAGCCCCUUUGCUGCUGUAUGGAAGUCCCUUUCUUGUCUCCUCCUCAUGCACCUCCUCUUAGACAGGCUCCCUCCACUCCCCCGACUAAUUCCUCAUCCCAUUCACUGGUACAUGACUUGAAAAUAUAUUUAUUGCACCAUGAUGGUGUGGAGGGUAGGGGCAACAAACCCUGAUCUAAGAAGUCCUGCUGAGCAGGGCUGGACUCAUCCUCUGGAGCAGAGGGCCUUGGAACUGUCCACGGGCCCUUUUGGCCAAACUUCCCUCCUCUCCCCCUCCUUGCUGCUGCUAUCACCAGGCUAUCCAGCCUGGGCCCCCUUCUUGGUGGGGGAGGGGACUCCAGGGAUCUGAGGAGCCCCUUUUCUUAUCAUCCAAUUAACCUUGUCCAAACUGAGCCUGAGAUCCCAUCUGCCAAAGCUGCUCCAGUCGGACACUAAAUACUGGUGAGGUGAUAGGAGGUGAGCCAAGGAGAGAGGUUCUUGGCUGCCCCUGUCUCGCUAUGCCUGGGGGCUAUGACUGCCAUGCAGGAGGACAUGCCACCCAGUGUUCUUAGAGCCAGGGCUGCUGUGGCCCAGCCGCUGGCAUUCGUCUGUCAGCUCAGCCUAUCUGUGUCUGUCUGUACCUGUCCAUCGGGCUAUUUCUUGUAAAGGAGAGGGGCCCUACUUGUCUGUCUGUCUGUCUGUCAGUGUGUCUAUCUCUGGGAAGCUCCGUGUUGCUGACUGUCUCUCUGUGUCUGCCUCCUACAUAUAAACAACUCCAUUAUUCA